AUGUGGAUCUUGCCGCUCGUCGGGUACAUUGGCCUGGCCAUCGGCUUUGGCUUCUUAACCCUCGCUAUUGCUUCCGGACUCUACUACCUCGCCGAGCUCGUCGAAGAACACACCGUAAUCGCCAAAAACCUCCUCACCCGGCUCAUCUACCUCGUAAUCGGCAUCCACAUCUUCCUCUGCCUCGUCGAUGGCUUCCCUUUCAAACUGGCCGCCGUGAGCAUCGUCUCGCAUGUUGUUUACUUGGGGAAUAUGCGGCGCUUUCCAGUGGUAAAGUUGACCGAUCCGCUAUUUUUGACUUCUUGUGCACUUGUACUAUUUAACCACUUCAUCUGGUUCUCGCACUUCUCCGCCCCUUCCACCUCUGCCCCACGCUCCCGCUUCGACAUACCUGACAUGCCAACUUUCACUGAGAUUGCAUCUUUCUUUGGUAUCUGUGUAUGGAUGGUUCCAUUCUCGUUAUUUGUGUCCUUGAGCGCGAGUGAUAAUGUGUUGCCGACGAUGGGCAGUGAAGAGCCUGGGGGAGUGGACAAGAAUAGAAGGCAGGGGAUGGUUAAGGUUAUUGUUGAUAUGGUGAGGGAUUGGAUGGGAGAAUUGGGACGGAUGGCGGGGUGGAAUAGGCCGGAUCAGGGUUUUUGA